CCAGAUCAACUGAACAGCAGAGGUACUUCUCUUCACUCCCUGCGCACAUUAUCCAAGUGCGCCGUGUGGUCGAUCACGACUUGGCUAGCCAACCUGCCCAACUCGCUCCUUUUCAUCUUCUUUCAUCGCGCGAUCACUGUUUUCGCAAUGGCGCGAAAAUCGGCUCUGCAGCAAACCCUUGUCACCUUCUUCGUCGCUUUGGUCACUUUUGCUCUUUUCAGCACCUUGUUCAAUCCCACCACCGUCACCAAUUCCUCCGCCAAACUCGACGACACCGACUUCUCGUUGAAUUCUGCUAAAUCUGCUUCCGUCGUGCUCCGCGAGAGCAAUGAUUACGCCGGGAAUUCGCCUGUCAAAGUCUACGUAUAUGAUCUUCCCACCAGGUUCACUUAUGGAGUCAUCAAGCAACAUUCCUUGGCCCGUGGCGGUAGACCUGUCGAUGACUCGACCACUCUCAAGUACCCCGGUCAUCAGCACAUGUCAGAAUGGUACCUUUACUCUGAUCUUAUGCGGCCCCAGUCCGAGCGCGCUGGUUCACCUGUUGUCAGGGUAUUGGAUCCUGAGGAGGCGGACCUGUUCUUUGUGCCGUUCUUCUCUUCUCUGAGUUUGAUUGUGAACCCGAUUCGCCCCUCUGCUACGACGGACGCUGAGAAGCCUGUUUAUAGCGACGAGGAGAAUCAGGAGCUGUUGGUGGAGUGGCUGGAUGAGCAGGAGUAUUGGCAAAGGAAUGAUGGAAGAGACCAUGUGUUUGCCGCUUCAGAUCCGAAUGCGCUUUACCGGGUGAUCGAUAGGGUAAAGAACAGUGUGCUGCUUGUUUCGGAUUUUGGGCGCCUGCGACCGGACCAAGGAUCCAUUGUUAAGGACGUCGUAAUACCAUACUCUCACCGAAUCAGAGUGUAUGAUGGAGAUGUUGGUCUCGACAAUCGCAAUACGUUGUUAUUUUUCAUGGGCAACAGAUAUCGCAAGGAGGGAGGCAAAAUUCGUGAUACACUCUUUCAAAUUCUUGAAAAAGAAAAGGAUGUCAUAAUAAAGCAUGGAGCACAGUCCAGAGAGAGUAGACGGGCGGCUUCACAAGGAAUGCACACAUCAAAGUUCUGUUUACACCCUGCUGGAGAUACCCCGUCAGCUUGCCGACUCUUUGAUGCUAUUGUUAGCUUGUGCGUUCCAGUGAUUGUUAGUGAUAGCAUUGAAUUGCCAUUUGAAGAUACUAUAGACUACAGAAAAAUUGCAAUAUUUGUAGAAUCUACUGCUGCUAUAAGGCCCGGGUACUUGGUGUCAGCAUUGAGAGCAAUUACUCCAGAUAGGAUUCUUGAAUAUCAGAAAGAACUAAAAGAGGUGAAGCGAUACUUUCAAUAUGCGGAGCCAGAUGGAACAGUUAAUGAAAUCUGGAGACAAGUUUCAAAAAAGCUACCCUUGAUCAAACUGAUGAUAAAUCGUGAUAAAAGGCUGGUCAGAAAGGAUCCUGACUGCUCUUGUGUAUGUACAAACCGGACUGCAAUUAGUACUCUAUAGCUCUUUGAUGAGUGUAUAUUUUAUUUUCACUCUGGGGGGGCUAGCUCACUAGUCAAGGGACUAGUUCACCAUAUUUCAAGAUUCCUGGCACGUUUUGUGGUAGAUGCCACCAUACGAAAAUACAUUUUCGUUGUUAGAUGAGGCAUAGAAGACACAAUUUGAUAAUUGAUUGUACCUUCAUUUGUACAGGAUAGAAUAUAAAUCAAUUUGACUAUUAUUUUUAA